AUGUUCUUCUGGCUCUUCCCAUUCCCUUUACUCUGCCUUCUCCUCAGAUCCAAGCAGAUCGAGUCCGCCUGCUUCAGCGGGACAGCCGCCUUCAUGGAGGUGCGGAUCCAGUCCGUAGUCGUGGAAUUCAUCCUGAACCACGUGGACGUCCUCUUCAGCUCCAAACUCAGCUCGGUCAUUCGGGAUGGAGCAGGGCACAGUUCUUUGUCACGGCCCAAGUCUCUGCUGGUGUCCUCUCCUUCCACAAAGCUGCUCACGCUGGAGGAGGCGCAGGCACGGACACAAGCCCAGAUCAACUCCCCCAUCGUGGCGGACAGCAAAUACAUCGAAGUGGGAGAAGGCCCUGCAGCGUUACAGGGGAAAUUCCACACGGUCAUAGACUUUCCAGCUGAAAGGAAAAGACCGCCCAGCAAGAUGAAGAAAUCACCAGUUGGCAGCUGGCGUUCCUUCUUCAACCUGGGAAAAUCAUCCUCCGUGUCCAAACGCAAGCUACAGCGCAACCCCAGCGAGCCCUCGGAGAUGAAAGCCAUAGCCCUGGCAGGUGGACGAGGAGACAGCGGGACUCUCCGCUCGGCUAAGAGCGAAGAAUCACUCACCUCUCUGCACGCUGUUGAUGGUGAAUCUAAACUGUUCCGACCCAGAAGACCCAGGUCCAGUAGCGAUGCACUGUCUGCUUCCUUCAACGGAGAGCUCUUGGGAAACAUGAACCGCUGCAAUUCCUACGACAACCUUCCCCACGACAACGACAGCGACGGGGAUGAGGGGCUCAUCCAUGUUCCUGCCCUGAUUUCUCCUCGAUCUGCUGAAGACGUGGACCUGAGCCCGCCGGAUAUCGGAGUCGCUAGCCUGGAUUUUGACCCGAUGUCUUUCCAGUGCAGCCCACCCCAAGCGGAGUCCGAGUGCCUGGACAGCAGCACCUCCCUGCUGGAGUCGGUGGGCUUCACCAAGGAGAAGCCGAGCCUACUAAAGAAGGAUUUAGAAUCGGGCAGCCAGUCCCAGACACCAGGCAGUGCCACGAGCUCUGAGCCAGUCUCCCCUUUCCAAGAGAAGAUGAGUCCCUUCUUUACUCUGGACCUGAGCCCAACCGAGGAGGCAGCCUGCAAGCCCCCCACCUUCUCGCCCAAGCUGGGGCAAAAGCCCCUCAAAUCUCCGCCGCUGACUACACCUGAACCCGUCUCCUUCGCGCUGCCCGGCCGCGCGUCAGAAGCGCUUGGAGGAGCGCCCAUCGCAUCCAGAAACUCCUCUGCUUCCAGCUGGAGCAGAGGGAUUGGCAUCACUGAUAUCCCAAACAGGUCCCCAACCCAGAUGUCCCUGUCCCUGAGAAACAGUGACACAGGAGCAGGGGAAGGAGGCCACCAAGAGCUACAGCAUGCCCAGCUAGUGGCUGCUGCCAAACCAGAGUUGCCAGAAGAAGGGGAGAGACCAGUGUCAAGCAGUCAGAAUAAGACUGUACCCACAGGACACACACAGCCAGGAGCAGUCACCCUCGACUCCCCCCAGGAUCCUGUUCCCGUCAGUUCUGUGUCUCUUAUCCCUCCUCCUCCUCCGAAAAACGCAGCGCGCAUGCUAGCCCUAGCGUUAGCCGAGUCCGCCCAGCAAGCGUCCGCUCAGUCUCAGAAAAGGCCAGGAGAUGCUCAUGCUGAAAGCACCAAUUAUGGAGAGGCUGAAGCUGGCACAGCUCUAGAAAAGCUCCAUCUCUCUGCUGGUGCUCCAGACAAGCUUCACCUGUAUACUGCUCUGCCCGAGAACCGACUCCAGUUCCAGACUGGUGCACCAGUAGAGCAGGAUUUCCAAGGUAGCAGCACCCUCGGGGAGCAGAACCACCCUCCGGGCGCACCUGGGACCCGGGACCCCCCCGCUCUGCAUGCUGGCCUCCCCGGGGACGUGCCCGGUAGCAGAGAUGCAGAGCAGGAGCAGUCCAGCUUCCAUCCUGGCAAACCGGGGGACACAGAGCCCUACCCCUGCCACGCUGGGGCCUGGGAGCACACACCCCACCCCCCUGCGGGCGCACCGCCGGACUGGGAGCCACCCGCAGCAGAGGGGGCUGGGGAUAAGCCCCAGCUCCGCUCGUGCGCGUCUGGGGACAAGCACCAC